UAUAAGUCCACUCCCUGCAUACCAGCUGUUCCAAACGACAUGGCCCCCUGGUUCGUUUCUUCCUCCUAGGAAGACCAACAAGACCGCCUCGAUGGGCACCUCCUCCUGCAUUCCCAUUUUCAUCCUCCUACUCUUUAGUCCACUCUGCAAAUCCGAUGACCGGCUCACACAAGCAAAGCCGCUCUUUCUCGACGACACGCUCAUCUCCAAAGGCGGGGCUUUCGCCCUCGGCUUCUACUCCCCGACAAGCUCCAACGCAAGCUGGUACCUUUGCAUAUGGUACCACAACAUCUCCAAACACACCGUGGUGUGGACCGCCAACCGUGACAGCCCAAUCACCGCCCCUUCAUCUCCGAUGCUCGCCAUCACCAACAAUUCUGACCUGGUGUUGUCUGAUUCCCAAGGUCACAUUCAUUGGGCGGUGAACAACGACAUUACGGGCAUGGGAGUUGUCGCGGAGCUGCUCAACAAGGGAAACUUUGUCCUCCGCCGGUCUCCAAACAACACAACCAUAUGGGAGAGCUUUGAUCACCCAACAGACACCUUGCUCCCAACUGCGAAGAUCUUGUUCAGCACGGGGCGACUCGUAUCAUGGAAGGAGCUAAAUGAUCCGUCCACGGGUAACUUUUCUUUGAGCUUUUACUCAAGCUCAACCCUUCAAUUUAUCAUUUGGAAUGGGACUCAACCCUACUCCCGCAUCCUUAUGCCCAAUGAUGGAUCGGUGUUUGGCGACACAUACCCGAACAUCGUCUUCUCUGAAGCCAUUGGCGGCACGGGUGACGGGUUAUAUUAUCAAUACACAAUCAUUUCUGACAACUCACCUUAUGUACGUGUUAUGCUUGACUACAUGGGCGUGUUGAGGACUCUCAGCUGGAACAACUUGUCAUGGACAAACAUUUCUGUACGUGCCACUAGCGACUGCGACCUCUACGCCUCGUGUGGCCCGUUUGGCUAUUGCGACUAUGUCGGGCAUGUCCCAACAUGUCGUUGCCUCGACGGGUUUGAGCCCGUUGGUCUUGGUCUGAACUUUUCAGGAGGUUGCAGGAGAACAAUGGCCUUGACAUGCGGCAAGCAAAGUUAUUACCUGAACUUAACUCAGAUGAAGAUUCCCGACAAGUUUUUACAUGUCCCAAAUAAAAGCAUUGACGAUUGUGCGGCCGAGUGCAGCAACAAUUGUUUGUGCACAGCCUACACUAUGACCAACCAGUCAAGGUGUUUGAUCUGGCUAGGGGAGCUUAUCGACACGGGAAAGUAUGAUCAAUACGGCGAAAACCUGCACCUUCGACUUGCUGACUCUCCUGAGAAUAACAAAAUGGUAAAGAUAGUACUCCCCAUUAUAGCAUGCAUGUUGACACUCACAUGCAUAGCCCUUGUCUCGAUAUGCAAAUACAGAGCAAGAAAACGACAUAAAAAGGAUACCCAUAAGAGACAGAUGAUAGAAUAUCUUAACUCCUCAAUCGAAAUUGAAGACGAAGAUGUGGAUUUUCCGUUUGUUAGCUUCGAAGAUAUUGCCGCCGCAACAGAUAACUUCUCUGACUCGAACCAAAUUGGAAGGGGUGGUUUUGGAAAAGUUUACAAGGGAAUACUGGAAGGUGUCAAUGAAGUUGCUAUCAAAAGGCUUAGUAAGGAUUCUGGGCAAGGGAUAGAGGAGUUUAAAAAUGAAGUAGUUCUAAUUGCUAAAUUGCAGCAUAAAAACCUAGUUAGACUUCUUGGUUGUUGCAUUCACGGAGAUGAAAGGUUACUUAUCUAUGAAUACUUGCCCAAUAAAAGCUUGGACACCUUCCUUUUUGAUGCUGCAAGACAGUUUGUACUUGAUUGGCCCACACGUUUUAAAAUAAUUAAAGGGGUAGCAAGAGGGCUUCUUUACCUCCACCAAGAUUCAAGAUUAACUAUAAUUCAUAGAGAUCUCAAAGCAAGCAACAUUUUGCUGGAUUCAGAAAUGGUUCCCAAGAUUUCAGAUUUUGGUAUGGCAAGGAUCUUUGGUGGAAACCAACAACAAGCAAAUACUACUCGAGUUGUUGGGACAUAUGGUUACAUGUCACCUGAGUAUGUUAUGGGAGGUGCCUUUUCUGUAAAAUCAGACACGUAUAGCUUCGGUGUUCUUCUUUUGGAGAUUGUAAGUGGCUUAAAGAUCAGCUCACCCCAACUCGUUAUGAACUUUGUCGGCCUUACAGCUUAUGCAUGGAGACUAUGGGAAGAUGGAAAAGCAGCAGAAUUAGUGCACUCUUCGGUUAUUGAGACCUAUCAACUUCAUGAAGCUCUAAGAUGCAUUCAUGUUGGACUGCUGUGUGUUCAGGACCGACCUGAUGAUAGGCCACUCAUGUCAUCGGUUAUUUUUAUGUUAGAGAAUGAAAGUGCAUUGCUCUCAGCACCAAAGAAGCCUGCAUAUUUUGCACUGCGGAAUUUUGAAACCACAGAACCAAGAGAGAACAUAGAAAUUUCUGUGGAUGGAGUGAGUAACACAACACUAGUGGGUCGUUAGAUGUUUAAGCCCCCUUAUAUAUUUUGAAGAAUUUUAAGGGUUCGCUUUUAGUGUAUGCAAGUUUCAGUAUAUGUAGUUGUCUCUUGAUUGGUGAUUAUAUUGUACAGAGAAAGACCAUAA